UCCCCAUAUAACCCCUUCAUAAACGCUACUCAACUCACUACAUCAUAGUUGAUCUCUCAUAUCCUAGGAUCUACUCCGUAGCGCCUUUCCAAUCGGCACUUUCUUCUGUUUAGUUACUCGUCGGUAAUGCCACGUCUCCGAAGCGAUGCACAAUGAGACGACACAUGCCGCGUUCGCGGAGAAUGGCUGGGCCUUGCGCCCUUCAACAUUUACCACCUCGCUAGAUUUCUCUUCCCGUCAGUUCCGGAUCCUUAUAGUAACGAUUGUGGCGGCAUAUCCGAUCCUAGUCUCUCUGCUUCGGUUCCGCCGUGUCCGAUGGCUGCACCGGAAAUACCACUAUCCGACGCGCGAGUCCCUGUCGCGCAUGACCGAUAACGAUGCCUGGGAGAUCCAAAAGACGCUCUUGCAGUUCGAGUUUCCGUUUCUUUACAUCAAGGCUCUGCAGUUUGCAUUAUUCAGGACAUAUGGAAUUCCGACUAUCUCAAAACUUCUCACAAGCACAAGGCAAUUAUGUGACCCGGAGCUGUCUCUCAAGCGAUAUUCAGACACCACCGUCUUCGUCCAGGAGUUUAUCGGCUCGGCUCCGUCUUCAACCCGCACCCUCGCUUCUAUUGCGCGGACCAACUUCCUUCAUAGCGGCUAUCGGGCUUCCAACAAGAUCCUCGAUGAUGAUAUGCUUUACACGCUGGGUCUUUUUGCCAUUCAGCCGGUGCGAUUUAUCGAGAAGUACGAAUGGCGCGGCCUGAGUGAUAUGGAAAAGUGCGCCAUCGGGACUUUCUGGAAAAGCUUGGGCGAUGGUCUAGAGGUCAAGUAUGAUGUGCUUCCAUCGGGCAAGACGGGAUUCCGUGACGGUCUGCACUGGCUCGAAGAGAUCAUGGCUUGGAGCGAUGACUACGAGGUUCGCUGUAUGCUUCCGGACAUUAAAAAUCAUGAAACCGCUGCACAGACCACAGCUAUCGUGUUGUACAUGGUCCCGAGGCCGUUGCAGCAGAUUGGGCUGCAUUUGGUUUCAUUCCUUAUGGACGAGCGUCUCCGGAGGGCUAUGCUGUAUGAUGACCCACCGGAAUCGUAUGCCAAGGUGUUUGCAGUACUCCUGCGUGUGCGUCGAUUCGUGAUGCGCUAUCUGGCGCUUCCUCGACCCGAAUUUCUCCGCUACACUACCUUCACCGACCAUCCCGAUGAACAUGGCCUCUAUUCAUUCACCCAAUGGGAUGCUGCGCCGUACUACGUGAAGCCCACCAUUUGGAAUCGCUGGGGACCAACGGCGUGGCUCACCUGGAUCAUGGGUCGGCCGCUUCCCGGGGACGAGGGUAGCAAGUACUACCCUAGGGGUUACAACAUACCCGACGUCGGGCCCAAGAAUUUCAUGGGGAAGGGCCAAGAGUACCAGGAGAAGACCAUGGAGGGAUUGAAAGCCUCACGAACGGGUCAAUGUCCGUUCCAUUGAAGUGCCAUUUAGUGAGAACAUCUCGGCAUGACUGUGUUUUGUUCAUAUAGUACUCUCGUUUGUCCCAUUGAACUUUUUCAAUCCAGCCAACAAAUCUGGAAUUGGCGUGCAUAUGAUGGAUUUAGUAACUAGAUAUGGGGCAACUAGCAGAACAGGAUUUUGCGUUUCGGGUAUCCCAAGCACGCCAAUGCCACAUCUACAGGAAAAGAAAGCAUGACGACGUAAUGCAGAAGGUCGCAGGGUUCCUGUUGCUCGUUGACAAGGCUGUACAAUCCCAUUCCUAUUCCAGACUAGUGGCGCCAU